GGAGAGGGGAGAACAUUCACUACCUUGGGAAAGUGCAGCGAGCUUGAGGCUGGCCGCCCCCGCGGAAAGGGCAGCGCGGGCGAGUCCCUGGGGGUUCGGGGUGGAGGCUGAUUAGCGAGAGGAGAGUGCUGGGAGUGGGCAGCCAGCGCUCGCGAGUGGGAGGCUCGGGCGGCGGCGGUGGCUCAGCCUGUCCGGGGCGCUCGGGUUUGCCGAAGCGCAGCACGGAGCAGCAGCUCAGCGCAGCAUUGGGCAGUGCCCUGCCAGGGAGAUUGGAGAGCGGCACGCGGGGCGGCCGGGAGCCCCCGGCAGCUCCCCCCACUCCGCCGACCAGCCAGUCAGUCAGCUACCCCUCUGCCUCUGACUUCAGCUCAGCUCCACCCCCGUGUAGCAGCGGCUCCCUCUGUCAAAAACUGCGCUCGGCGGCACUAACCCAGCCCGGGCAACCGGCGACACCUGCCCCGGAGCCCUCUUUGCCUCUGUCCUCCUGCCCCCCCCCCCCCCCCCCCCCCCCGACCGGCCCAUGGAGUUGGGGUCCUGAGCCCCCUCAGUAGCAGUUCAGAAGCGACUCCUUUGCAUCCCCUCCCGGUCCGGGACCCAAGUCUUCUCUUGUCUGCUCAGCUCCAGCGAUGGGAAAAGUUGGCGGCGGCGGCGGCGGCGGCUCCCCAGCCCGGCUCGGAGCGCUUCUCGCCCGUACCGGGAUCUUGCUUCUCUGCGCCCGGGGCGCCUGGGGUGGGGGCGGCUCCUGUUGCCCCCCAGCAUCUCCUGGAUCGGCCCAGCGCUGGACACCAGCCCGAGCCGGGACACCCCUGCCGGGGCCCCAAGAGAAGCCGGAGCCGGCGGCUGUUCCUGGGGAGCAGCGGCACUUCGGGGCUCCUGCCAAGCCGAGUAGAGCGCCCACGGCUCCCAUGCCAUUCCCCCGCCGCCCGGUGUUUACAGUGGCCCCCGGGGACAGGGCUCUUUCCCUCCAGAGGGGCCCAGAAGGCAAGAGUGGAGCCGGAAGACCUCGCUCCAUCCGGAGGAGACGGAGUGGGGUGGAACAAGAGAAGCAAGAUCGGGACAACGGCGAGGGCAGGCGCCCACGGGGACACCCGGGAGACGGAGGGCACCGGGAGCCUGGCAAAGCCACCCGGUUCCGGCUGGAGGAGCUGAGACUGACGAGUACCACGUUCGCACUGACCGGGGACUCGGCACACAACCAAGCCAUGGUCCACUGGUCAGGUCACAACAGCAGUGUGAUUCUAAUUUUGACGAAGCUGUAUGACUAUAACCUAGGGAGCAUCACAGAGAGCUCACUUUGGAGGUCAACAGAUUAUGGGACAACCUAUGAGAAGCUGAAUGAUAAAGUUGGUCUGAAGUCAAUUUUGAGCUAUCUCUAUGUCUGCCCUACCAAUAAGCGCAAGAUCAUGUUACUUACAGACCCGGAGAUUGAAAGCAGUUUAUUGAUCAGUUCUGAUGAAGGGGCAACCUAUCAAAAGUAUCGGCUGAAUUUUUAUAUCCAAAGCCUACUUUUCCAUCCCAAGCAAGAGGAUUGGAUCCUGGCAUAUAGUCAAGACCAAAAGUUAUAUAGUUCUGCGGAAUUUGGGAGGAGAUGGCAACUUCUCCAGGAAGGAGUCGUCCCAAACAGAUUCUACUGGUCAGUGAUGAGGUCAAACAGGGAGCCAGACCUUGUGCAUCUGGAGGCCAGGACUGUGGAUGGUCAUUCACAGUACUUAACCUGCCGGAUGCACAACUGCACUGAAAGCAACAGAAAUAAACCUUUCCCUGGCUACAUUGACCCCGAUUCUCUGAUUGUUCAGGAUGAUUAUGUUUUUGUUCAGUUGACUUCAGGAGGAAGACCACAUUACUACGUAUCUUACCGUAGGAAUGCUUUUGCACAGAUGAAGCUCCCCAAAUAUGCCCUGCCUAAGGAUAUGCAUGUCAUCAGCACAGAUGAGAAUCAAGUAUUUGCAGCAGUCCAGGAGUGGAACCAAAAUGACACCUACAACCUCUACAUCUCAGACACACGUGGUGUCUACUUCACUUUAGCUUUGGAGAAUGUCCAGAGUAGCCGAGGGCCUGAGGGUAACAUCAUGAUUGACCUCUAUGAGGUAGCAGGGAUAAAGGGAAUGUUCUUGGCUAACAAGAAGAUUGACAACCAAGUGAAGACUUUCAUCACAUACAACAAAGGUAGAGACUGGCGGUUGCUACAGGCUCCUGACACUGAUCUAAGAGGGGACCCUGUACAUUGCCUGCUGCCAUAUUGUUCCCUGCAUCUUCACUUAAAAGUCUCAGACAACCCAUAUACUUCUGGAAAUAUUGCCAGCCGUGACACAGCUCCAAGUAUCAUAGUGGCUUCUGGUAACAUUGGAUCUGAACUGUCUGAGAAUGAUAUCAGUAUGUUUGUGUCUUCAGAUGCUGGGAACACAUGGAGACAGAUCUUUGAAGAAGAGCAUAGUGUUCUGUACCUGGAUCAAGGUGGGGUUUUGGUUGCUAUGAAACACACAUCUCUGCCGAUCCGACAUCUCUGGCUAAGUUUUGAUGAAGGUAGAUCAUGGAGUAAAUACAGUUUCACUUCCAUCCCUCUUUUUGUGGAUGGAGUUCUGGGUGAGCCUGGGGAAGAGACCCUGAUUAUGACAGUGUUUGGACACUUCAGUCAUCGUUCUGAAUGGCAGCUGGUCAAAGUAGACUACAAGUCUAUAUUUGAUAGACGGUGUGCUGAGGAAGACUACAGACCAUGGCAACUUCACAGCCAGGGAGAAGCAUGCAUUAUGGGAGCUAAGAGGAUAUAUAAAAAGCGUAAAUCAGAGAAGAAAUGCAUGCAGGGAAAAUAUGCGGGAGCAAUGGCUUCUGAACCAUGUGUCUGUACAGAGGCUGAUUUUGACUGUGACUACGGUUAUGAGCGACACAGCAAUGGUCAGUGCCUGCCAGCAUUUUGGUUCAAUCCUUCCUCCCUCUCCAAGGAUUGCAGCCUGGGACAGAGUUACCUCAACAGUACAGGGUACCGAAAGGUGGUUUCCAACAACUGUACAGAUGGAGUGAGGGAGCAAUAUACUGCCAAACCUCAGCAAUGUCCUGGCAAGGCUCCCCGAGGCCUCCGUAUUAUCACUUCUGAUGGGAAAUUGACUGCAGAACAAGGACACAAUGUCACUCUCAUGGUACAACUGGAAGAGGGUGACCUACAAAGGACACUCAUCCAGGUGGAUUUUGGUGAUGGCAUUGCAGUGUCUUAUGUCAACCUCAGCUCCACCGAGGAUGGGAUCAAACAUGUCUACCAGAAUGUGGGCAUUUUUCGAGUGACUGUGCAGGUGGACAACAGUCUGGGGUCUGACAGCGCCGUCCUGUACUUACAUGUAACUUGUCCCUUGGAACAUGUGCAUUUAUCACUUCCCUUUGUCACCACCAAGAACAAAGAGGUCAAUGCAACAGCUGUGCUGUGGCCCAGCCAAGUGGGGACCCUGACUUACGUGUGGUGGCACGGGAACAACACAGAGCCACUGAUCACCCUGGAGGGAAGCAAAUCAUUUAAGUUUACUUCAGAAGGAAUGAACACCAUAACAGUACAGGUUUCAGCUGGGAGUGCUAUUCUUCAGGAUACAAAAACCAUUGCAGUAUAUGAGGAAUUCCAGUCUCUUCGCUUGUCCUUUUCUCCAAACUUGGACGACUAUAAUCCAGACAUUCCAGAGUGGAGGCGUGAUAUCAGCCGGGUCAUCAAAAGAGCCCUAAUUGAAGCCACAGGUGUUUCAAGCCAACACAUAUUGGUGGCAGUGCUUCCAGGCUUACCCACAGCUGCUGAACUCUUUGUCUUGCCUUAUCAGGAUGCUACAGGAGAAAACAAAAGAUCAUCCGAAGACCUGGAACAGAUAUCAGAACUGAUGAUUCACAAACUGAACCAAAACUCCAUCCACUUUGAGCUAAAACCUGGAAUACGUGUUCUUGUUCAUGCUGCCCAUUUAACAGCAGCCCCCCUCGUGGACCUCACCCCAAGUCACAGUGGAUCAGCAAUGCUGAUGCUACUCUCUGUGGUAUUUGUUGGACUGGCCGUGUUUGUUAUUUACAAGUUUAAAAGGAGAGUAGCUUUACCCUCCCCUCCCUCCCCUUCUGCUCAACCUGGUGAAUCAUCUCUCCGAUUGAAAAGAGCAAGACAUACCACUCCACCUUCUACGCCAAAGCGGGGACCUUCCGGGGCACACUUUACAAUUUAAAGAAAACCCCCCAAAGGCGGAGACCUGCUGCUCGGGAAAGAAUUUCACUCUUGUCGAGUGCAUCAUCGUUUCCUGUCCACUAACUCUAUUUUUUUCCCCUUUGUUGUUCUGUUUCCUAUUUUGCCAGGAAGUAUUUCCAUAGUUGCUGAGAAUCAAAGCACAAAAGAAAUCCCUACCUAUGUAAAUGUUUGAAUGGAGGACGCCAGUAAAAAAACAAAACAAAACAAAACAAAACAAACAAAAACAAACAAACAAAAACACAUUAAAAACACUCACUGCAUCGGGACUUUUUAAUUCUUCAGACACAGACAACAAGGGUUUUUAGCUUUAAACCUGUGCAUGUGGACAUGAUCCUGAGAACACGUUCGGAGGGGCGGUGUACAGGUGCUCUAUUUUAAUGGAAAAAAACGCUCCCCUCUUCCCUUCCUUCUCUCUCUCUCUCUCUCUUUUUUCCUUCUGAUCCGUCGUGUUUGUAGGAGAUUCAUAACAAAUAGAGGCCAAGGAAAUCUGCAUGUAUUUUUUGGGAAGUAUUCUUGGCUCUAGAUUUAACAACAAUUUUAGCACUAAAGCCUACUGGGUUGGACUAGCCGCCCGGGGCAAUUUCAUAAGACACAAAAGAGAUGCCACACAGGUGUUUCGAAACCCUGGGCUCUUUCUCUGGUUAAUUUCCCUUGUUUCUGUUUUCCUGUUUGAUUUCCCUUCUGCCCCUUCAUUGGACAGCAGUGGCUCUUCUUGCCCUGUGACUCCAGGGGAGAAAGGGGCAAUCAGUGCAGAUAAUGGGGAGCAUCAGGCUGGGAAGAGUGAAGUAGGGAGAUAAAUUAAAAAUGGUCAUUUCUUUCCCAUCCAUCUAUUUUUUGUGGUUCCAAUAUCUAUAUAGAAGGGACUCACUUCCAUCUUGUAGCCCCUCACAGCAGGGGUAGGAUACAAUAUCUCAUUUCAUCACUAAUUUGACUUUUCAUCAAUUAUUUCCAAUGCCUGAACAAUCCACUUUUCCUAUGUUUCCACCACCAUCUUUAUUUAGCCCACUUACUCCCUAGUGGACCAAGGCAUCUGACUGUCUCACUUUUCUAUUUUUUUUCAACCUUGCUGUUAGCUUUUCCCUCCUCCUCCUAUUUUUGAAUAUAAACUGGAUCAUAGCCUUUCCUAUUAUCUGAUGGACAUUCCAUUUAGAAAUUACAUCCCACUGAAUUCCCAUUUUCACUAAAUUUUCUUACAAAUUUUUCUGUGUGGAAGUUGCCAAUGGAUUGGGAGGUAGCCUGAUCAAUGGAAAGAUCAUUGAGAAGAGAGUCAAAGAUCUUGAAUUGACCCUUUUUUUGCCACUUACUGUAACCUUGAACAAAUAUUUCCUUUCUAUGGGUCCUAGUUUCCUCUGUAAAUUGUAAGGUCUGGAUUCAAUGGACUCUAAACCCCUCAUUGAAGAGUCUAUAAAUAACCUGGCUCCUAUACAUGAGGGAUCUAAUUCUAUACAUUGUAUCUUCCGUCCUAGAACCCCCAACCUUAAGCUACUUUUCCAAUUGUCAUUAGAUCCCUUCCCCCCAAUAAAACCAAUUUAUAUGUGAGAAGGUGCUAUUCAAGUCAGCUUGAGACUGUGUUAUAUACUUUGGAGAAGGAAUUCAGAAGAGUGGCAAUUCACUUAGAAAUGUUUUAUUUCUCUUACUAUAUGUUUGAUUCACCUCUGGUUUACACACAUCACCUUUACCCACACACACAUAUUACUUUAUGUUAACAAUUACUCUGAAAAAAAAAAAAACAUUAUCCAACUUCCCAUUGUAAAGUGGAAAUGUGCAUGUGAUUUUAAUCUGACAAAUUCUAAAAAGGUUGUCAGCACCAUACUUAAAGAAAACCCAUUUUAGAAAUUACACAGUUCUAAGAGAAAUAAACCAAGAUUUGUUAGAUAGCAAAGAGGAUAUUUUUGGCUAUUUUGAUGGUCCUGGUAGUGACACAAACACAUCCACACACAUACCCAUGAAUAUUCUGUUUUCAAAUAAGGGGGAAAAUAAAAGAUUAAAGUAGGCAGAACACAGCAAAGCAAGUCAGUAAAGAAGCAUGAUGGCACUCAAAUUAUUCCAGAAUCUUCCCAGGUAUGGACCAGAAAAACCAUACAAGAAGGGACAAAUAGAAUGUUAAAUAAAUGAAGUAUAGAAGAAAGCCCCAAAGACUUGGGAGUUGGGGAGAGUCCAGAAUCCAACCUCAAAAGUAGGAGAGAACAGUCCUAUCUUUCCACUCUAGAGCUUAGUCUCACCACUCACCUGGGGCCUUGAAAAAGAAUGUGAUGAUUUCUGGUUAAUAGCUAUGUUAGAAUGAGUUCAAUGCCCAUUAUUGGGCCAGCCCCAAUGGGGACUGUGAAUGUCUCCUUUUGCCUCAGCUCUAGAAUAAGAGUUCUUUAAAGCUUUCCAAAUCUUUACCACAGUGUAUUUCCCACUUGGGAAUUUAAGUUUAAACUUAGAAAUUGGAUGCCUUUGAUAGUUACCACUUUGGUGCUUCUGUCCUGCAAAAGACAUAUUUGUUGACCUAUUUCAUUCAAGGUUUCUAUUUGAAUCUGGAAAAUGGAGUCAUUAGAAAGCAGCAGAGCAAUUGUAGUGUGUAACAACAUAGGAAAGCUUUAGAUAUAGAGUUCCAAUGUAAUUAAGUGGAGAAAAAGAAUCGUCUUUUUGACCUAGUACUAGAAUCAGGGGUGGGCAUUAAGUAUUAGUCCUUAUGGAGACUGGUCACUGAUGACCAUUUUCUGAGAACUGAGAAACCAACAGCUCAUGUUAUCUGAGAAUGAGGCAGCAGGAGAGAAGUGGAAAGAGCUUUAAAUUGUAGGAGUUGAGAUCUGGGCCUAGUCCUGGCUUUGCCACUAACUAGUUAUAUAAUCUUGGAGUUCUAUUUGGGGUUCAUUUUUCCCAUUUUUAAAAUGAUGAAAUUGGACUCAAUGAGCUCUGUUAUCCCAUUUUGCUCUGAUAUUCUGCUCUAACAGGAUCCACUUGUCACCAACACCCCACUCCUCCCAACACUCCUAGAAUACUAACACCCCUAGCACCUCCCACUCUCUUGAAGAUUACCCCUGAGAUCCAGGCACUAGGCCUAAGUGUUAUGGGAAGAAUUAGUUCUUCUAUCCCCUGUGGGCCCAGUUAUGCCUUCCAGAAGAGGCCUCUAGGAGAAAUAGGGAUUGAGAGGGAAUCAAGUGCCUACCCCUAUUUGCCAGUAACAGAGAGGGAACUUGAGCAGGAUCAUGGUGGGGUUUAGGAGUGAUUGAUCAAAACACUGGAGGGGCCAAUAUAAGAAACAGGCAAGAUGGAAGUCAAAUGUAGAGUCAAAUCUAAUUUCAGGCCUUUCCUUAAGCUCUGGAGGAAAAAUGUGUGAACCUCACUCUAAACAAAGGGUCAGCAGCUUCCUUGCCUUGUUGCUAAUUAGACUUACCCCUCCCAAAUGUAGAGGUUGGCUUUGCUUUUUUCAGGAGUUCCAAACAGCAACUUCCAGAGCAAUGGGACGCUUGACAGCUGUUCUGUGUUUUCCAGAAUUCCAACUGAGCAUUGAAAUCCCUCAUUAGCCAACUUAUUUUUAUAGGAAGCCAAUUAAAAAAUGAAAGUUUUCUUAUCGUAUUGGAACUACUUCUAAUUUUAAAAUGACUUUUUUGAUGUAUUUUUUUGGUUAAAUAAGAUGUAGUGUAAUGUAUAAUUGCUAUUGUUUAUUGCUUUUACAAUCAUAUUUAUUAAACAGAUAAUGUCUCUAA